UUACGUCUCCAAAAGUCUCCAAUAACACCAGAAAAAAUCGCUAGAUUUGUCGCUAGUCGCUUUUUUGAAAAUGUGUCGCUAGAGGUGUCUGAAUACUCGCUAAAUAUAGCGACAAAGUCGGUAAAUUGUCAACACUGGAGUAUGACCGUUUCCACUAGUUAUCACAGCCACAAAGUUGUCAUACUACUUCAAUAUUGACUAUAUUGUAAAAAUUCAUAAACACAAAUUUGCUUUAUGGUCUUCAUUUAAGGUUAGGCAUAAGGUUGGCAGUGUGGUUAAUGUUUAAAAUUAGUUAGGGUUAGGUUUAAAAUCAGAUUUUAAGAAGAAAUGGUAGAAAUAGGCGGGGUUUAUAAUUUUGUGGAUGUGGUAACUGGUGAUGACCCCGGAGGUGGGGACAAGGACAGCAGGACGUUCUCGCGCCUGCUCAUCAGGUAGAAGAUUUCCAAUUGGGUGUGGCUUACGUUUUUGUUUUUUUGGACUGUUGUUGUUUCUUCAGAGGUGAUAGGGGUCGUGAAUCGUUUUUGAAGUUAGGUGUAUCAUAUGGAACCAUUUUGUAGAGAAAUAUACCUGUACGUGUUAAAACCGUCCACACCUGUUUGGAGCGGAACCUCAUCUGAGUUCUGGAGUUUGUAAGUAUGGGAUAGUCCUGGACGCAGGCUCCUCUCACACAGCCAUGUACAUCUACAAGUGGCCGGCAGACAAGCAGAAUGGCACGGGUGUGGUCACUCAACACACUGAAUGCCACCCCAAGGGUGGAGGAAUCUCUAGCUAUGCGGGACAGCAGCGAGAGGCAGGGAGAAGCCUCCAGUCUUGUCUGGACCAGGCCACCCGGGAAAUCCCCAGAGCCAGGCACCACCUCACACCUGUCUACCUCGGAGCCACCGCUGGCAUGAGGCUGCUCAAUAUCUCCAGCCCUGUCCAGUCAGCCCAGAUCUUAAAAGAAGUGGGUCAUACAAUCCAGUCGUAUCCUUUUCACUACCAGGGGGCAGCCAUCUUAAGUGGCCAGGAGGAGGGAGCGUACGGCUGGGUCACUGUCAACUAUCUCUUGGAGAACUUCAUCAAGUAUGGCUUUGUGGGCCAUUGGCUGAGCCCAGGCAGACAGACUGUGGGGGCGCUGGACUUUGGUGGGGCUUCCACCCAGAUCACCUUUGUGACCAAGGACGAGGUGGAGGACAAGAGGGACAGGAUGAAGCUACGUUUGUACGGCCGUGACUACUCCCUGUACACACACAGCUUCCUGUGCUACGGACGAGACCAGGUCUUCAAACGCCUACUGGCUCACUUGGUGACGGCUCAGGGUCACACAGGGAAAAUGUUGUCCCACCCGUGCUUCCCUGCAGGCUACAACGUCACCAUGAAGGUGGGGACAUUGUUUGACUCUCCCUGCACGGUGGGCCAGACACCCAGCUCUGGCUACAAUCCCCAGGCAGCCCUGUCUGUGGAGGGCAGUGGCGACUACGAUCACUGCCUGGGCAACAUGACUGAGAUCUUCUCCUUCCACAGCUGCCCCUUCUCCCAGUGCUCCUUUGACAAGGUGUUCCAGCCCAAUGUCAGUGGCAGCUUCAUGGCGUUCUCAGCCUUCUUCUACAUUCACCAGUUCCUACAGACUACUACAGGAAUCCUUGUCGCCACACCUGCCCAACUGGAAGAGGCAACCCGUGCUGUCUGUAACAUGAGCAUCAAUGAGAUGUUGGUGCUGGCCCCAUACCAGAAGCCUCGUCUGCAGGACUUCUGUGCUGCUUCUGUCUUCACCAAGGUGCUCUUCACGAGAGGCUAUGGCUUUGACGAGAUCUCAUUCCCCCGCAUUUCAUUCCAGAAAAAGGCAGGAGAUGCCUCUGUGGGCUGGGCCCUGGGCUACAUGCUCAGUUUGAGCAGUCUGCUGCCGGGGGAGAGCAUAGGCCUGAGGAAGGCUCUGAAACCUGGAGCCUGGGCGGCCCUGCUCUUCCUCUUCACCCUACUCCUCACCGCCGCCCUGAUGUACAUCUCCCUGCAAGCCUGCCGCGGGAAGAAGAAACGAAGCAGUGACAUUGCCAGCUAAUCAUCAUAAGGGAAUCCCUUAUGCUGGUGGUACUAUCCUGGAGUGUGUAGAUAUAACGUUGGCUAAAGUAUUAAUUAUAUUGUCUCCCUUUACACAGAGAAAAAAAGUGAGUCCUCCCAGGCUGUCAAUACAUUUGAAAUAUCCUCGCUUUAACAAAUAGGGGGUUUUCUGUACAGCAUGCAUUGUAGGCUGUAAUUAAUGUUCAACAUCACUCUCACAACACAUUUACCCAACAUUUAUGUGCCAUUUGUUUGUGAUUUAUAUUCAUUUUGUAUUUUGAUAACAAAAAAUAAACUGUUUUGUUUUGUA